AUGGUGGCGACGGGGCUGAUUGCCGACGCCCGGGCCCAGGCGCUUCGGGCGCGGGCCGAGGCGACCGAGUUCCGCUACAAGUACGGCUACGAGAUCCCCGUGGCGCUGUUGGCCAAGCGCAUGGCCAACUUGUCCCAGUUGUACACCCAGCGCGCCUACAUGAGACCGUUAGGGGUGGCGCUCACCUUCUGUCAGGUCGACACCGAAGCCGACGGCGAGGGGCGGGGGCCCGAGAUCUUCAAGUGCGACCCUGCCGGCUACUUCCAAGGGGUGGCGGCGUGUGCCACGGGGCCGAAACAGCAGGAGGCGACGACGUACUUGGAAAAGAAGUUCAAAAAGACGCGCCACGUCAACGGCGACUGGCAGGCGACGGUCGAGUUUGCCAUCACCGCGUUGUCGCUGGUGUUGGGCACCGAGUUCCAGAAGAACGACAUCGAGGUCGGCGUCGCCACCGCCGCCGGGUUCAAGAUCUUGUCCCCCGCCGACAUCGACGCCCGCCUAGUGGCGAUCGCCGAACAGGACUAA